AUGCUGUUCUGCUACAUUCCUAAAAUCGCUUGUUCGCAAUGGAAAACUGUUUUUAUCACGCUCACUGGAAAGGUCAACGCCAGUUUAUUGCAUUUCGGCAACGUCCAUAAUAUAUAUCUGUCAAAAAUGAAUUUCCUCCAUGAAUUUUCUACUGAAAAACGAGAGAGCAUUCUUAAGGAAUAUAAAAAAUACACUGUUGUACGAAACCCAUUUGAAAGACUUCUUUCUGUAUACAGAGACAAAAUUGCGGGUAGUGGAUUAAAGAAAUUUCGACCAAUAGCUACGCAAAUUGUAAAACGAUACAGAUCAAAUGUGACAAAGGAAUCACCUUUGAAAGCAGACGAUGUCACAUUUUUUUAAUUUGUUCAGUAUAUUACCGAUAGUAAACUUCAACAUUUCAACUCUCACUGGGAGAGAUACACGACUCUUUCAUCCUGUAUUGUUAAAUACGACUUUGUGGGCAAAUAUGAGACUUUAGAGAGAGAUGCUGAAUUUAUUUUGAGGGACUUUGGAGCACCCCCUGAAAUUAGAUUUCCUAAAAGCUCGGGAAAAUAUAGUACUGUGGAAACAAUUAAAACAUUCAACGAGUAUUAUUCACAGAUCCCUGCUGAGUAUAUAUUAAAGUUAUGGAAUAUAUACAGAUCAGAUUUUGAAUUAUUUGGUUACUCAGUAUCAGAUACUUUUAAAAUAACACCAUGCGUUUAA